AUGGAGUCGCCGCAGAUAUUCCUCCCAGGCGAUUUAGUGCCGUCAAAGCUGCUGCCAAACGCCCAAAAGCGCAAAAUUGGCCAUGGUCUUUACCAAGAACCCGGAUCUGAGGAUCACAAAUGCUCGGUAGCCGGACCCUUGGAAGUUGACUACCGCAAAAAAGCAGCAUACAUCAAGACCCCCCGGGCGCGAUACGUCCCGAAAGUUGGAGACCUGGUAAUUGCGCAAGUGCGAGGUCAGUCUCAAGAGUACUUUCAUCUCUACCUCAGCUCCAACGGACACCAGGCAAUCCUGCAUCAGUUGAACUUCGAGGGCGCCACGAAGAAGACCAGGCCGAAGCUGGAGAACAAUGACCUCGUCUACGCCAAGAUCAUCUUUGUGCAGAAGAACAUGGACAUCGAAAUCUCGUGCGUGAAUCCCCAGACAGGAAAGGCAGAGCCCGAUGGGUUGGGGCCAAUAACGGGUGGCAUGGUCUUUGAUGUCAGCGUGGGCCUGGCCGACAGAUUGUUGAGACGGCAAGAUGUGAGCUUCACCGAGGAGCUAGGCUCGAAACUUCAGGGCGGUUUCGAGAUGUGUAUCGGCAGGAACGGCAAAGUCUGGGUCGAUUGUGGUGAGAAUAUGAGGGCCGUGUGCGGCGUGGGAAAGUGUUUGGAGGAGAUGGAUGCGAGGGACAUGGAUGAAAAGGCGCAGAAGAAAAUGGUCAAUAAGAUCAUCAAGGAGUUCGGGGUCAGCUGA